AUGUCUAAAAAUCCACCGAAACAUGUCUUCAUUGUGUUGCCGCCGAUUAUUAAGGAAAACGAUAGCAGUAGAGUAGAGCUGAUGUUUGGGCCAAUUGUCGACUUUAAGCGCAAAUUCUGUUUUCAGGUCAAAGUAGAAUGCCAUACCAGUGCCAGUAAUCCCGGAGCUGUGAUUACACUACUGAAAAACGGCAAGAAUAUGAGGGCUCUAUCACAAGAAUUCAGUGAUGCGGAAAACUAUCAAAACAUAAGUGUCGCUAAAAUAACCAAAAGCUUUGCGACAAUUGUUGUGUCGGUUGAAGAUAAUGAAAGUGUUAUAACAUGUUUAGCGACAAAUCCUGUCAUAUCUGAAGGAGUGGUCAGAGCGGAUGAGGUGUUGUCUGUCUAUUGUAAGUCAUUCUCACCACGAUUCGAGGGCUGGGAGACGCACCUGGAGCUCAACGAAUUCGAGAAUAAAGUGGUAAAUCUAUCCGCAAAAGCAAAUCCUCCAGUCGUUAGAUACUCGUGGAAAUACGUUCAGAAAUUUGGGUCCAAUAGCGGCCAUAGAAAUGGUCUCAACGAUGACUACUCCUUAUCGUUGAAUAGAUCUGAAGAGCUGUCAGAACUGGGAACUAAGGGCUCCAUCCGAGCGCAGGGAUCACUACUUUAUAUAACUAAUGUAUCGCGAGCUGACUCCGGAUUAUAUGUGUGCAUCGCUUCCAACAAAAUAGGAGAUUCCAGCGCUUCCUUACUUCUCGAUAUCCCACUGCUAUCCCCCGUUCCCCGCGAAGGGGACUCUUAUUUUCAAUUACACUGUAAAGUGGACUCAAAUCCAGUGACAAAAGUCAAAUGGAGGAGAGAAGAGACCGACAGCGAUGAGAAUAUCGAUUGGUUUAGAGCUAAGAUUGAUAGCAAUAACCAAACGUCUAGUAAAUCACCGGUCGAUCAAAUUCUUACAUUUUUCAAUAUCACUCGAUCUGACGCCGGAGUCUAUACCUGCUAUACAUUGCGAGAUAUGAAGCAAAUUAUAGUUAACGUUAUGUUUAAGCCGACGAUCAUUAGAAAUAACCUGAAAAUAGCGGCUGAUAUCGGAGAAACUCAAAGCAUUAAAUUUGUUUGUUUAGCCAAUGCUUACCCUUAUGUGCACUUCAAUUGGAGCUCUAAUAAUAAGGAUAUUAUAUCAGACAAUAAUUGGGAAGCGAUGAAGUGA